AUGCAAUACUUCACCGCCAUCGCCGCUCUCUUCGCCAGCGUCGCCCUGUCCUCCCCUGUAGAGGUUCAGGACCGCCAAGUGUACAUCCCCUGCUCCGGUCUCUACGGCACAGCUCAGUGUUGCGCCACCGAUGUGCUCGGGGUCGCAGACCUGGAUUGCGCAGAUCCACCCACCGUCCCCACAAACGCCUCCGACUUCCAAGCAGAGUGCGCAGACAUUGGCCAGCGGGCUCGCUGCUGUGUUCUGCCCAUCCUCGAGCAAGGAGUCCUCUGCAACACUCCCACCGGUGUUACCGAUUAA